CCCGUGUGGAGGGGGAGGGGAUAAGUCGCCCAUGAAGACCAAUCAGAUCGCUACUUUCAUUUUUCAUAGGCCUUUAUAAAGAUGGGAUAUGCGGUCUGACUGGUCGCUGUGGGCGGCUGCUUCACUCUUCCUCUGCACCGGAUUUGAUGAAUCUCUCCCAAUGAGUCCAUUCUAAAGAAAAAUGGUAAAUGGCGCCAUUAUAACCUGUAGAUGACAGCGCAACCCGCCCCACAAACAGCCCUGUACAUGGAAGAUGGCGAAAGUCAUAAGGGGCAGAAUAGGGGAAUUGGAAGAAGAUUUAUUUUGGGGAAAAAAAGGUUUUACUUUUCUAAAAGAAGUGUGAUAGUAUAAACCAAAUGUAAAUAUGAGUAUCGCUGAAAUCAUAUUAAAUGACAAAAUAAAGAGAACGUGCCAGGUUUACCAUGAACUGCACUGUGGAAAAACAAAAAACCCCAAAAGUUGCACAUUUUUAUUUUUCUCUUUAAUUCCUACUCCACAAAUGACAUUUUCUUGGUGUCGCUGGACAUUUUAUAGUAAAAUAGAAGAUGUCAUUACAAAGUACAAUCAGUUGUGCAAAAAAACAAGUCCUGUGGAUGGAAAAGUAAAAUGCACCAAAGAAAAUAGUCCUGGAUGAUGUGACAAUGCUGGACAUACUGAUGAAAGGUUCUGUGUAACCAGCUUCAGCCUCAGACUGUGAUUGGGAGCGAUCAUGGAGCUUUAUAUUAUUGCUAUACCCAGUGGAUUAUUUACCCUGUUAGUGAUCGGGGUCAUAUUCUACAUCUGUAUUAAGAAAUAUAAAUCUACACAACAUGACGACUUAGAAGAAGUUAUUGUAGAGAAACCAACCAAUAAAAACCAAUCUUCUGAUGAUGACAAUUUAGAAGAAGUGGUUAUAGAGACACCAAACAAUGAAAACCAAUCUGCAGAAGACCAUAACAUAGAAGUUAUCGUAGAGAAACCAGAAGACAACCAGAACGUCAGCGCCUCCGAAAAAUGUAUCAGCGUAGAUGACUUCAUCUUCCACAAUGUACUCGGGAAAGGCAGCUAUGGGAAGGUUGUUUUAUCUGCACUGAAAGGCAGAAAUGAGUUUUUUGCUAUAAAGGCUCUGAAGAAGAGAAGGGUUAAAAAGAAGGAGGUGCCAAUGAUGGAGAAACGUAUUCUUGCAUUGGCCUGGGAUCACCCAUUUCUCACUUGCCUUUAUUGCAGCUUUCAGACCAAUUCACACCUGUUCUUUGUGAUGGAACUGCUGAAUGGAGGAGACCUGCUCGGUCACCUGAAUGACCAGAGAAGAUUUGAUCUGCACAGGGCUACUUUCUAUGGAGCUGAAAUAUCAUCCGGCUUACAGUUUUUGCACUCCAAGAACAUUAUUCAUAGGGAUCUGAAAUUGGAGAACGUAAUGUUGGAUAAGGACGGCCACAUCAAACUCACAGAUUUUGGACUGAGCAUAGAGAACAUUUCCAACGAUAGAAAAGCCAACUCAUUCUGUGGGACUCCAGAGUUCAUGGCUCCAGAGAUAUUGCUUAGGCAAAGCUACGCUUUCUCUGUGGACUGGUGGGCCUUUGGCGUUCUUCUCUACAGUAUGCUGAUAGGAAAGCUGCCAUUCCAUGGGCGGAACAUGCAUGAGACCUUUGAUUUGAUCAAAGAAGAUACGCCCAACUAUCCAAGCUGGAUAACUGAGGAAUCAAGGGACGUCCUACAACAGCUGCUGGAGAAAGAUCCAACCAAAAGAUUAGGUGUGACCGAGGAUAUAAGGCUUCAUCCCUUUUUUACUGCUAUAAACUGGACGGCACUAGAGAGGAGAGAAGUCGAGCCUCCUUUUAAGCCAAAAGUGGAAUCUCCAAGUGACAUCAGCAACUUUGAUCCGAAGGUUCUCAAUAAGAAAGAUCCCAUCUCCUUCAGUGAGGACCAGAAGGAUUCAAAGGACAAAACAGAAUUCUGUGGGUUUUCUUUCAUUCACCCAAGAAUGCAAGAAAUAAUUGACACAGACGGGGAGAACCACUGAAAAAUUGGCUAUAAAAGAAAACACCAGACAUGACUUAUCGGAUAUGACUUUAUUACCGGAUGUGACUAUUACCGGAUGUGACUUUAUUACCGGAUGUGACUAUU